AGAAACUCUCACCAUUGGAGCAGAAACGCAGAAAGCUGGCCUAUCAACAAUCUCUUAACGAGAUCUCUACCAAGAAUCUCUCGUCAACAACUUCAUAUAUAAGAUCAACUUCAGAGGCAUGAAUCGGCUUAUCUUGUCAUCCAAUUUUCAUCAGACUGUGUCUAUCGUUAAUUGAAACCAUCUGUAGUAACUACGUCGAUCAUUCAAAGUCACCAUGUCUUCCCCCAACACGAUUACUACCUCUACAACAUUACCACCUUCUCCAGUCUCUUCUAGAAUAGGGACCAUCUCCAUAACCGACAGCAACGAUGAUCAUGACCACAUUACACGAAUCCCUACCAGUACUAGUCAUCGAACAGCCGAUUAUGGCCAUCCUCUUCAGCGAACCAUGACAACUGCUAGCCGUCGAGCUCCUCCGGAUCUUGCCUUCCCAUAUCUUACCACCGAUAUGUCUCGAGGUGGCAUUACUCAAGAAUAUCGGAUCGAAACACGGGAAGGCUUCAUUCCGGCAAAUGAUGCCGAAUACGGACUUCAGCCUAUGCGUUCCCGAGCUACGACUAUACAUGGGGACCGAUUUGUUCUCCACGAUAAGGAGAAGGGCGGAAUGGGCGAGAAGAAGCUAGUUACCUUUCAAGAAGGUGAUCCUCAGAACCCUAGGAACUGGAGCAAGUCACGCCGAUGGAUUAUUACUGGCAUCGUCUCCUGCGCUGUUAUUCAAGUGGCCCUCUCUUCUGCUAUCGUUACUGGUGACUUCCCCGAUCAAGAAGAGUACUUUGGCGUCUCCUCAGAAGUAAUUGCCCUCACCGUGUCGUUAACUGUCUGCGGCUUCGGGACCGGUCCCUUAUUAUGGUCACCACUUUCGGAACUGCUCGGUCGACGAUGGCUUUGGGCUAUACCGACUGCCAUCUACAUCAUCUUCAACAUUCCAUGUGCUCUUGCUCCCAAUAUUGGAUGCCUUCUUGCUUCUCGAUUUCUCUGUGGAUUCUUUGGCUCUGCACCUCUUACCCUAGCUGGUGGUACUAUUGCAGAUGUCUGGGGUCCUGAAGAGCGAGGCUUUGCCAUCGCUAUCUUCGCGGCUGCUCCUUAUACAGGACCCGUGAUUGGACCUUUGAUUGGGGGUUUUAUCGGAAAAUACGCUGGUUGGAGGUGGAUUUAUUGGGUUAACAUGAUUUCUGCCGGCGUGGUCUGGCUUGCCUCCCUCAUCAUUCCCGAGACUUUCGCCCCUGCUAUAUUGAAGAAACGCGCUAAGCAAAUGCGUUACGAUUCUCAAGAUGAUUCUUAUGUUACCGAACAAGAAAUUUUCCGAAAGCCCUUGAACGAGAUCGUUAUCGAGACCCUUAUCCGACCUUUUGAAAUGCUUGCAACGGAGCCCGUUUUACUUUGCAUGUCUCUCUAUAUCUCCCUUGUCUACGGUCUUCUUUACGCCUUCUUUUUCUCCUUCCCUGUCGUUUUCAACGAGGAUUACGGAUGGGAUGACGCCAAGACCGGUCUUACUUUCAUCCCUGUAUUUAUUGGUGUUGGCCUUGCCUUGUGUGUGACCCCAUGGCUGGAGAAAAAAUACGUUGCCAAAGGCGACAAAGCUGAGCCUGAAGAUCGUCUUCCUGGUAUGCUCAUCGGUGGCCCGUUUGUCCCGAUCUCUCUCUUUAUCUUCGGCUGGACUUCCCCUCCAUAUGUCGCUCCCGGCGGUGGUUCGUGGGUUGGUCCUGUGAGCGCCGGUAUUCCUUUUGGUCUCGGAAUGGUCUUGGUUUACUUUAGUGCCAACGCAUAUUUGAUUGAAGCCUUUCCCGAUUAUGUUGCUAGUGCACUUGCUGCCAAGACUGUCGUCCGAUCUGCUGCAGGUGCUGCCAUGCCUCUUUUCAUUCCUCAAAUGUUUCACGGUCUUGGUAACGGGGGGGCAGCUUCUCUUUUAGCCGGUAUCGCCAUCAUUAUGGCUUGUAUCCCAUUCGCAUUUGCCAAAUGGGGUAAAAAGAUCCGGGCAAGGUCGAAAAGGGCUGCUCUCUAAAAACCUAUGCGCACGAAAGGACUUUCGUUAUUUUUUCUGCUUUCAUCAUAGAAUCCAAUAGAAAUUAGACCUCAUAAUAAUAACUUGACCCUUGAAUCUGGUAGCUUUUUACAUGGUGCAGCAGAAGCAGAAUAGUGUUUAUUUUCCGUGGAUCAUACAACGACUGACAAGAUACUAGGGUUGUCUCGAAACAUUUUAAAAACAGAAGAUACUUUAUACCCGCGAGCGUGCAGUGCCGGAUCCCGGAAUUUACCUUUCUUUUUGACAGGUAAAUCUCUGCUGGUCCCACGAUAAUAAUAAAAUUACUCCGUUGAAUCGCC